AUGUGCAUGAUCUUGUGUCUUAACGCGGCUUCUUUGGGCUUUGCAAGCUGCCAAUUGCUCGAAUGCAGCGACAAGCCGCACGCACGGGUGCCUCAGCAGCCGUGGAUGGAGGCCGACUUGGCGAGACUCUGGGGCGGUGAGGCAGAGCUCAUCUCUGACUCCAGGCUAGCAGAAGCUGCGCUUGCUCGUGCAGCGGGACAGGUGGUCCCUCAUUUCGCAGUGGAAGCUGUUUCCCCCGUCAAUGAGAGCACACCCUCGGCACCAUCAGUCCCUUCGCGGGGGCCGUUGCCAGAGCGGCGUGGGCGGCAAGAGCACAGCUUGGGCCCGGAGGUGCGUGGAGACUGGCAGGUGCUGGACUCUGCGAGUGCUCCACAGAAGACAGUGGCCACUGUGAGCAUGAUCGACUGCUUGUGGGAGAAGGUCACGAAGGUCAGUGAUGACGUAGAUUCCCUGCAGGAGCAGGUCCAGGGCCACAGCACGGAGAUCAAUGCCUGGAUCCCGAACCAUGAGGUCGCCAGGCGAUCAGAGCUAGAGGAGCUGUCCAAGACCUGUGCAUCGCUGCGUGCAGACUGUGCCACGAGGCGAUCAGAGCUAGAGGAGCUGUCCAAGACCUGUGCAUCGCUGCGUGCAGACUGUGCCACGAGGCGGCAGCUGGAGGAUCAGGCCACCGAGCUCCAAGGUGCCUGGCGCUCGCCUAUGGCGAGCCUGUCAGAGCGCCUGGGAGCCCUGGAGGUCACAGUGAAGGAGAUUCCGACGCGCCUGAGCCGUGAGUCAGAUGCUGCCAAGUAUGCCUUGGAUGGUUUGGAGCAGAGGUUGGAGCAGCGCAUCCAGACUGUGAUAUCCGAUCGCAUCAGAACCGCAGCCAGCGAGGCGGAGGUUCUGCGCGACGCGGCGCUGGAGAGGCUCAGGGCUGCGCUGCGCCAGCAGCUCCAGGAGGAGGCAGAGCGCCAGGAGCAGACCACCAGUCAGCUCAAGCAGCGCCUCACUGACCGUCUCGAUGAUGUCGCUGCUGGACUCCGCCGGCUUGAGGCACGGGAAGCGUUUCGCAUCCGAUCUCUCCCGGUGCACGCCCAGACAACCGACGAUCCCUCGAGAGCGAGAGCCGCCAAAAUCGAGCCAUGGCAGGCUCGCAGCUUGAGCAGCAGCUCGGAAAUCCAGCGCCUGGGCCAGAAGCUGGAGCUACAGAGCCAGGAGUUCCUGAGCAGGUCGAAGGAGAUCUCCCAGCACGUCGACGAGCAGAUGCAGCAGGCCACACAGCGCCUUCAGGAGCUCGGCCAAGAGUUGAAGCAGGCUUGCGAGGCUGCGUCAAGCACAAAGACGGAGCUGUUGGCGCGGCUGCAGGACGUCCAGGAGGGGGAGGACGGACAACGUCGCAGCCUGGAAGAGCGGUCCAACGCGCUGUUGGACCGAGGCCUUCAGAAGUUGGCGCAGGAAGUGGCCGAGCGCAUGGAUGAGGGACAGGAAAAUCAGCGUCUUGCCUCUGCCACCACGGAGGGACGCCUGCUGGGGCAGCUAGAGAGCUACAACGGCCGCCUGCUGGCCGCUGAGAGCUGGCGAAGCGCGUUCCAGGAGCGAGAGGCUGCGCGUGAACAGCGCUUGAGCUCGCUGGGUGAGGCAAUGCGCAAGAUGGAGGUUGUUUGCAAGGAUAUUCCGGCGCUGGAGACCCGCAUUGACGAGGCUCGUGCCGCCAUCAAGGAGGACCUGGCAGCCAGUGCAAUGAACGCCUUCCAAGGCCAGCGAGAUGCGCCUCUGGGCGAAGAUGGCUCAACUGGGAGUUGCUUCUCCCUGCCCCGUGCUGCCAAGCCAGGCUCCCAGCGCCUGACCCUGGGGAGCUCCGCGCAGGAGCUUCCAUUCGACGUUGCUGGGGCCAAAGACGCUGCUCCUGUAGGCAGGGCUUUCAUUGCUUCCGUUUCCAUCGGCUGCCGGGGUUGGCUCCACAUCACAGGCAGCAUCUCUGAAGCAUCCCCGGCGAUGUCGUGA